AUAAACACUCAUACAACACAAACACACAUCGACCUGCAAACCACACACAAACUCAAAGUUUUGGCCAAAGACGUGUCAGGAUAUGUGUUUCAAAUUGAUGUGGGCUUAGCUCAGGACUUCUUACUCAACAUCAAUAAUAAUAUAUAACAGUUAAUAAUAUUAACUUUUGUUAAUUGUUCUAAAGAUGAGAAGUAGGCCUCUAUAGUUAAAUUGCUUUUUUAGCGCUUCUCCAAAGACAUAAUCUUUAUAAAGUCUGACAUUUUUUACAGAAGGGAAACGGUAUCAGGAUUGUUUAGAGCUCUCAUAUUUGAUAUGGACAUCAACACGCACAUCAACACUCGCGCGCCCUUGCUCAGAGCGGGUUGACUGACAGGUGGCUGCGUGUGGGCGUGGCACGGAGACGCGCUACAGGCGGCACUUUUGUCCAAUCACAUCACGGGGAUCCUGGGGGAUGUUCGGAAGCAGCCAAUUGGGCUUCGCGCUGAUGAUCGGGCGCUCCCCCUCGUGCGGAGAGAGGAGCGCCGACCGACGGACUUCGUGAUCCAGUGGUCUCACGCGCCCCAUGAUCCAGUGGUCUUACGGACCCCCCUGAUCCAGUGGUCUCACGGACCCAAUGAAACAGUGGUAUUACGGACUUCAUGAUCCAGUGGUCUCACGGACCCCAUGAUCGGUGGUCUCACGGACCCGGGAGGAUCAGCCAGCAGGUCUCCAGCUUUUAUCGAUCCGUUUCUGUUCGCGAUGGCUGAAGCAGCACCAUGAGGGCCCCUGUUGCUGCACCAGCAGUGCCCUGGUAAUAAGUGAAGACUGUUGAAGAUCUUGCUGUGAGCCCAGCUCCCCCCCCCCCCCCCCCCCUCCUCGCCUCAAGCCUCUGGUGUCCACGGUGGACGUGACACCGGAGCAGCAGACCCACCAUGGGGAACGGGCUCUCGUCGGACCGCCUCCUGCCCUGCCUGCCGUCCUUCCAGCCGCUUCACAUCGUCAUCCUGGGUCUCGACUGCGCCGGCAAGACCACCGUCCUGUAUCGCCUGCGCUUCAACGAGUUCGUCAACACCGUGCCCACCAAGGGCUUCAACAGUGAGAAGAUCAAGCUCUGGCUGGCGGCCGGCGGCGAACGGCGACGCCACUGGACGACCCCGUCGGCGUCCUUCCACUUCUGGGACGUGGGCGGCCAGGAGAAGCUGCGGCCGCUGUGGCGCUCGUACACGCGCUGCGCCGACGGCCUGGUGUUCGUGGUGGACUCGGUGGACGGCGAGCGCAUGGAGGAGGCCAAGACGGAGCUGCACAAGAUCACGCGGCUGGCCGAGAACCAGGGCGUGCCCGUGCUGGUGGUGGCCAACAAGCAGGACCUGCGGGACGCCCUGGCCCUGGCCGAGAUGGAGCGGCUGCUGGCGCUGCGCGAGCUGGGGGCGGCCACGCCCUGGCACCUGCAGCCCGCCUGCGCCAUCAUCGGGGAGGGCCUGAGGGAGGGCGUGGACAAGCUGCACGCCAUGAUCGCCAAGCGGAGGAAGGCCCUCCGGCAGCAGAAGAAGAAGACCAGAUGAUGGCGGUGGUGGUGGUGGCGGUGGUGGUGGCGGCGGUGGCGUUUUACUUUGGGGUUCCUCACGCUUUUCCGUGGCAGUUUCAUGGCACAAGGACCAGACACAGAUCUUGCUACGUUGGAAAUGCUUGGAUGGAUGAAUGUCUUCGCCGCUUAAGACCCCCACCCCCAUCCCCCUUGUCCCAUUUCCCUCAAAGGGCGGGAAAUAGGACACAUUUUUCUGUUUGAGAUCCGGGAUCAAGGGGGCCUUUGCCUCCUAAACGUGGCUAAUCCUGGCCUAUAGCCCCCCUUAGGGAGGGAGGGUCAUCCUGCCCUAUAGCCCCUAGGGAGGAGAAACGUGACCUAUAGCCCCCCAGGAGGAGAAACGUGACCUAUAGCCCCCCUAGGGAGGAGAAACGUGACCUAUAGCCCCCAGGAGGAGAAACGUGACCUAUAGCCCCCCUAGGAGGAUGAACGUGACCUAUAGCCCCCCUAGGAGGAUGAACGUGACCUAUAGCCCCCUAGGGAGGAGAAAUGUGACCUAUAGCCCCCCUAGGAGGAGAACGUGACCUAUAGCCCCCCAGGAGGAGGACGUGACCUAUAGCCCCCAGGAGGAGGAACGUGACCUAUAGCCCCCAGGAGGAGAAACGUGACCUAUAGCCCCCCUAGGAGGUGAAACGUGACCUAUAGCCCCCCAGGAGGAGGACGUGACCUAUAGCCCCCCAGGAGGAGAAACGUGACCUAUAGCCCCCCAGGAGGAGGACGUG